GAGAGAGAAAGAGAGAGAGAGAGGGGCAGGCAGGUGGAAAGGGGGAGGGGUCUGGUGUGGUCCAGACAGUCAGUCCUUGUGUACCUCACACACUCAGCCUCUGCGCAUCAUAUAAGGGAAGCCCGGCUGCCUCUUUCUCCCCCCGCUGGUCUCGCCGCCUGGCAGCUUAGUAAUAACACAGCUCCCAGCACUUUCUCUCGAUUUUCUCUAUCUGCCUGACGCCGGUCGUUUCACUAUUUAACGCACCGCGCCACCGCUACAUGGAAUAUACGGAUCCGCCAGGCGCAUUUAUCCCUCUCCUAUCCGGGAAGAAGCGCACGGUGGAAAACAUUUGAGGACUGAAGAGAACCAGCCGUGCUUCGUGGACGUACGGCGCAUCAUGAGAAUACUACCACUACCAACAAGUGGUAUGCAGCACAGUGCUUCGACUCUCCAAUCAGGCAAAACAGGGUCCUUGAAUUAGAUGCAGACAUGAUGGAACAGAUAGAGAGCCAGGCUGGAUGAAUGGGGUCUGCUGCAGUAGUAGGGAUGACCUGGCAUGGACCGCUGUGUCUAAAUGAAGUGGUUCAGCCAUGCAAUGUUCCUGGAAGGCAGUGAUUCUGCUGGCCUUGGCCUCCAUUGCCAUCCAGUACACGGCCAUCCGGACACUCACCUCCAAGCCUUUUCAGCUGUGCCCGUUGCCCAGCCCCCAGAACUGUGGUCUGGGGGGGCAGGAGACAGAACCUCCCUUUGAGCGCGGAACAGCGGGCGGUGGAGGCUGCGAUGACUACCCUUACUUUUCCAUCAAUGCCACACGUAAAACACACAUACUGGUCCUGGCUACCACACGUAGCGGCUCCUCCUUUGUUGGCCAGCUGCUCAACCAGCACCAGGAGGUGUUCUACCUGUUUGAGCCUCUUUAUCAUGUGCAGACCACACUGAUUCCUCGUCUGUCGCACAGCCGCAAUGCUGCGGACCGGCGCGUGAUGUUGGGCGCCAGUCGGGACCUCCUGCGCAGCCUGUACGGCUGUGACCUCUAUUUCCUAGAGAGCUAUAUCAAACCGACGCCCACCAACCACACCACGGACAAACUGUUCCGCCGUGGUGCCAGUCGAGCAUUGUGCCAGCAACCUGUCUGUGAUGCCUUUGGCCCCGCCGACGUUAAUGUGGAGGAAGGGGACUGUGUUAAAAAAUGCGCGGCUCUAAAUAUGACUUUAGCAACGGAGGCGUGCCGCGAGAAGCGACACGUGGCAAUCAAAAUCGUCCGGGUGCCGGAGAUCGGAGAUCUGCGUGCUUUGGUUGAAGACCCACGGCUGAAUAUCAAAGUGAUUCAACUCGUCAGAGACCCGCGUGGUAUCCUGUCAUCACGGAUUGAGACAUUCAGGGAUACAUAUCGACUGUGGCGUAUUUGGAGGGCCACAGGGAGGAGGCCCUAUAAUCUAGACUUGAGUCAGCUUACAGUUGUCUGCGAGGACUUUCUCAGUUCUGUUUCAACUGGUCUCAGCCAUCCCUACUGGCUGAAAGGGAAAUACAUGCUGGUUCGAUAUGAGGAUUUGGCUCGAAAUCCGCUUCUUAAGACAAAGGAGAUCUAUGAUUAUCUGGGGCUGCCUAUGGAUAAAAACGUGGAAGACUGGAUACAUGCAAACACUCGAGGCAGCAAUGAGCCUUCAGCAAAACACAAGUUCGGUACAGUGAGGGACUCGGCAGCUAAUGCAGAGAGUUGGCGCCUGAAAUUGUCUUAUGACAUGGUAGAAUACACACAGACUGUGUGUCAAAAAGUACUUCACCAGCUGGGAUACAAGGCUGUGAAAUCGGUAGAGCAACUUAAAAAUAUGUCCCUCUCACUGGUACAGGACAAAACUUUUGUACCUUUUUUGUAACAAAGAUAGUUCUCUAAUGACUAUUUUUGAUAUAUUUAUAAUUGUUGCCUUAUAGGUUCCCAAGUUGGUUUCAUUUCUGUCAUUUUGUUUCUUGAAAUUUGCACUAAAGAUUUUGAAUGCACCAAGGGGACUGCGGAUGAUUCCCCAAUGUUACAGAACAGCACAUUUUAAACACAAAGUAAUCAAACAGGAUAGUUUACAAAUGUCUUAUUAUUCCUUUUUUUUAUUUUCCAGGAAUAGAACUAGUUCUAGGCAGUGUCUUCAUUCAUUUCCUGUAUGCAAAAUGUAGUUUCAACAAAAGGUUGUUUCUCUGUAGUAACGUGGGAGCUACAGGAGGAGUUCGGUAAAGCAGACAUAUUGUUUUUUGUUUGUCUGUCUGUCUGUUUUGUUUUAGACCUGGGAUGGCAAAAUUUGACUGUACAAGCCCUACUGUGCAAUAAAUAGUGAAUUCACAGUCAACCUUUACCACUAUGGCAUUUCUAUCCAUGUGGGAAGAGGAGAGAUACUUCUGACAGAUGCCACGCUUGCAAAGGAUAAUUGCAGACAAUUAAUAGGCUCUCAAGUUAAAGGGACAGAAUCCCAUCGGAGGUCACAUGCGUUUCAUCAGAGGAUUUACAACCAUCUGUGAUAAACAAACACACACUAAUGUGAGGUAAUGCUGAAUUCUUCAUUUCUGUGGGUAGUCGCAGAAUACAUGGGAAUGUUUUUAAGAUAAUUCCAACAUUUAAAAUAAAUAUAUAUAUAUAAAUAUAUAUAAAUGGAUGUAGACAUUAUUCCAAUCCAAGCAGACACUGACAUGAAGCGUUCUGAUGGAGGACCUCUGUUCCUCGGUUUCAUUUAUCACUUUGUUUUAACUUGUGGAGUACGUUUAUUUUAAAUUGUGUGAAAUUGAAAACAGCCCUUUCUGUCUUCAAUUAAACUGCUUAUGGCAAUAUGUGUAGUUUAAGUAAUCAUUUAUCAGUCAUCAGUACAUUUACACUGAAAACAUGCAGGAGCAAAAAAAAAAAAAGACUUAAUGGCCCGUGUUGCAGCUUUUCUCAUAGAGGAAGGAUUAAUAACUGAGGAAGAUAUGUUGUUUAUUUUCUUUUUUCAAACAGGAUGUAUGCAACACAGAUACUUUUUCAAAAUAUAUCUACGUUAGAUCAUGUUCACAGAGUAUUACCGUAAUGGCUACGCAUAAUCUGGAUAAAUGCUUUGAUCAUCAUAGUAGGGAGCUGACGUGCUGUUUCAACCAGGGGAAGUUACGUACUGAGGGUCAAAGUUGAAACAUAAUACACCACAGUCACGUCAACUCAUGCCUCGUUUACUGGUGAGUCUCCAAAGCACUGAAUGUGUGAAUCAUGUGAUUUAUUUUUAUUUAUUUAUUUAGUUACUUUCUUUUAAUCCAGUUAUGUGACAUUCCCAAACUCAAGCACACAAUACAAUAAAUGAAUAACUGGUAGUAAUACGUGAUGUUAAAGGUUGUGAGGUAUUUGACGCUGAGGGAGGUUUUGGUUGUUACUGCUGCAAAAAUAAAUAUGGAUUUAAAAUUGGCACAAACAGCUGUGUUUUAGCAAACAUUCCCACGGUUGGUGAGCAUUUCAAACUGUGUUUACCGGCUUAUGUCUUCUCAGUUAGUGCGCAAAUGCAGCGAUGAUUUGACACUUUGCAUUUAAAAAAAAAACAAAAAAAAAACGUAUGUGGCUGCAUGUAGCCAUGUAAAAUGUCGGUUGGGGCUGUGUGGCACGGAAAUUUGUAAAGCGUGUGUGGGUAGCAGGCAAAAAUAUUCAAAGUGAACACCUUUCUAAAUGAAAACGUUAAACUUAGCAAAUUUAAUAUGAUGUUGCAUUUACACUUGGCCCACACACCGAAACGAGUCGGACUAUUUUUAGACAGUGUGAGAAUAAUUACUGUUGCAGCUUCAUUGCAAAAAUGUCACAGAAUAAAUUAAUAAUUGCACUCUGAAAUACAAAAAAACAUGGAAUUCUAAUGUUUUCCUUUCCGGCCAUAAGGCUGUAGAGGCUUUAACCUGAUUCAAGGAAUGUGUAACAAUGCUGUGCAUGUAUUAAAUGUGCAGGAAUACAUAGAGUAAUGUCAGACCCUUACAUUGAUCUUGAUGUCGAAUAUAUUUUGUCUGUUGCCUUUUUUGUUUAUAACAAACCUGAAUUCAGACCUUUUUUUCCUUUUUCAUGAUGCGUAACUGUGCAGUCAAGACACUCAUUUAUUUGCAUGCAAUGACCACUUGUUUACCCAUAAGAUAUAAACCCCGUGAAUGGAGCAUCACACACUCUGGCUCAUCAGUAUUGGUGACCGGAUGUCCAUUGAGAUGCAGAGCACAAACCUUUGAUCCUCCUCUGUGCCGAGACUGGAGGCAAACUCUCUUCUCUCUCUCUCUCUCUCUCUCUCUCUCCCCUCUGCCCCCCCCCCCCACCCUCUGCCUGUGCUUUCUCCAUCAUCCACCUCCUUCUUUCUUACAGGGAGAUCUCAGGGGAUUGCUCCUCUGCUCCAGUGCUCACUCUCUGUUUUUCACUUUACCUCUGAAUCUUCUGGAUGUGCUUGGCAUACUUUUAAUUUAAAACGUUAAAACUGGGAACGGCUGCAAAGCUGUUUUUUUUUUUUUUUGGUGCGUUUCUAUUGAGCAAUUAAAGCAAUAGACUUACAUUUCAGGAGGUAGGCUUUCUGUCUGAGAGCGAGAAGAGACGACAGAUACCUCUCUCGUGCUGAAUAUGAAGCUGCGGGCGGCAGCCGGCGGAAAUGUGGACAGAGGCUGCCUGGGUCUGUCAGACGGGAACACGACAACCAGUACAUCUAAAGCUCACAGAUUAACGUGGUAUAUUAAGCCUUAACUGAAGCAUAAAAAUAUUAGUUUGCCAUUUGAAAAGGCAGUUAUGAGCCAGGCUAGUCUUGGCUCAUUUUCCCCUAUGGCCACAUUGUUAAGAUAUAGCAACAGCUUUCAGUUUUCAACCUGUCCUUAGUGCCAGUAUCUUCCUCUUAAUGGCCUUUAAAGGAUUCAAGAAUGUGCAAUCAUCGGAAAAGUAAAGCAGAGUUGUUUUUUUUCCCGUCAUUUGUUAAAAAAAAAAAAAAAAGAAAGAACAAACAUCGUUGGACAGUUCGUCAAUAGCCUCACAGCUGAGCAAUAUCUACCUGAGCACAUGUCUAAGCUGAAGCUCUCAAUUAAAAUCAACACAGCUCCUUGUUUCUAAAGCGGGACUAUGACAGUUUGCCGGUAAUGCUGCACUCCCUUCACAUGCCUGACCCCCACACGCAGCUUGCAGCCUGCUUCCCAUGUGUCGGCGUGUCUCUGGGCCCUCGCCGAGCCCCCUCGUGUUGCUUAUUAUGUCCCAGGGCUGAACAUAUGGCUCACAAGCCCCUGGAAGAAAUAGCAGAAAAUCCCUCCCUCUCCAUGUCUCCCUCUCUCUCUCUUUUCUUCUUAUCCUCCCAUAAUGUGACCUUAAUAAUGUGGCCCAAUGCGACUGCAUGACAGAGCAGAAAGAUAUUUGCUUCUUUGCGGCCACUGUUUACCGAGCCGUGCUGACAGAAUGUCCCGGUAGCCGCUUGAGCGAGAGCCGCCGAAAGAGAAUAUUCUUGAAGUCCGUGCAGGAAUAAAGGAAUAAAUUCUUACGAACGAGUGUCUGACAUGAAAGCCCACUGCACGCGCACCUUGCUUUUGUCUUGGGUCGCGUGGAUCUGUGAGCGCGCGCGCGCGUCGCUUGUUUCCUGCUCUGCCACUCAGCAGGAUGUAGUCCGACUGUGAAGUGAAUGUCACUGAACUGAGCGAAACGCAUGAAUCGUGGCAUUUAAACAUGCGCCACUGUUGCCGAGCUGAGCGCCGGAUGUGCAUUCCCGCGUCCUGACGAGCACACGUCACCUCUGACCCCUCAACACAGUCCCCUCUUGUGGAUGAUUUGUCUCGGUGUUCGACUCUGCAUCUGAUCAGCGCGCAUGAUUCAAUCAGUCGUUGCUCAGGUGACUGCUCGUGUAUUUUUUUUUCUCCCCUUUUCAGCAGAGAGCAGCAAUCAAAACUAUUCAUGUGAAAAUCACAAGAUCCCUUUCUUCAACUUUUCUGCACUGGUUGUCCAAGUUGUCAUUUGAUUGCUGGUAAAAAAAAAAAAAAAAAAAUAAGGCAGCUGGGGGUCGGCCAGCUGGGCUUUACUAGAAGUGAUAUGAGCAGCUUAAUUGAAGCUGUCAGCAGGUCAGCGUAACAGAGGCGUAGCAACCGGGUCAUUAUGUAGUUAGAGAUCCACAGCACUGUGCUAGGUUUAUUGGGCUGAGCAAAAUGAAACACUCUGUGUUAUUUGAAAAUGGGAACAGUUCAUACUUUUGGCUGGAAUUAAUUAAAAUGCUAACUUUAAGUGAUAUCUAUGACGUUAGAUCGCGAUAUAAUUUGGCAUCUGUCAGUGUUUUGUUGCUGGGUACAUUUGAUGUUUUGCACGAAGCAUGCUCCUGAAAUUACCAUGGCAUAUCUCAACUUGUAUUACUGUUGAAUACAUUACUUUUCAUGCUAUUUUUUUAAUACUCAAGAUUUAAUAUAUUAAAACCUUAAUUCUC